AUGAUGAGGAGGAUGGUGGCGAUGAGGAGGAUCCUCCACGUGAAGGGAGAUGUGAUCUGCACGAUGAUGCUGCUGGUUCUGUUCUGUCUGCUGCUCUACGCUCGACAGGUGGCCGUCUCCUCCGGGUGGGACAGACCCCAGUGGAAGCUGGAGAUCCACGGCUCCACCAGCCCCAGUCGGACACUGCUGGGGGCCAGGGGGGCCAAAGGGGGCCAGGAGUCUCAAGAGUCCCCCUCCAGCCCGUCGGAGCCACAGCUGCCGGCCUGUAAAACCCAGUCCAAGUCCAAAGCUCCUCAGGCCAAGUCCAAAGCUCCUCAGGCCAAGUCCAAAGCUCCGCUCAAAUCGAAGGGGAAAUCGAAGUCGCGACGGAAGAAUGCCGCGCCGACCAAACCUGCUGCCAAGCCCCUGCCCACGAUGCCACCGUUUGACUUUGAAGGCUACUUGAGAGAGAAGGACAACAGGGACUUCAAUCUGCUCAUCGACCAGCCAGAGAAAUGUCACAUCCGAGGAGCAGAGGAGGAAGAAGGAGGCGGAGCUCCCUACAUGCUCAUCGCGGUCAAAUCUGUUGCGGCGGAUUUUGACAAGCGUCAGGUGGUCCGUCGGACAUGGGGGAAGGAGGGGCUGUUCCCGAACGCUGUUACCAUUCGUACGGUUUUCCUGCUCGGGGUUCCCAGGAACCGAACCGCUCUGCCUCUGUGGGAUCGCCUCCUCACCUACGAGAGUCAAACGUUCCGGGACAUCCUGCUCUGGGACUUCGAUGACACCUUCUUCAACCUGACGCUGAAGGAAACACAUUUUCUGAAUUGGGUGAACAGCAGCUGUCCUCAAGUCAAGUUCAUUUUCAAAGGUGACGCUGACGUGUAUGUGAAUGUGGAGAACAUAUUGGAGAUGCUCCAAGGUCAAAAGCCAGAGGAGGAUCUGUUUGUCGGGGAUAUUAUCAUUCAUGCCAAACCCAUUCGCCGACGUAGCUCCAAGUAUUACGUGCCGGAGUUCAUGUAUGGGGGGGGUCUGUACCCAAACUACGCUGGAGGAGGAGGGUUCGUGAUGUCGGGUCAUACGGCUCGGAGACUGAGCUCUGCGUGUCAACAGGUGGAGCUGUUCCCCAUUGAUGACGUCUUUCUGGGAAUGUGCCUCCAGCUGAUCGGCGUCAAACCCUCACGUCACCAGGGCUUCCGGACCUUUGGGAUUCCCCGGCCGUCGGCGGCGCCCCACCUUCAGACCUUCAACCCCUGUUUCUACAGAGAACUCAUGGUGGUCCACAGCCUCAGCGUCCCGCAGAUCUGGCUCAUGUGGAACCUCCUGCACGACCCCGACCUGAGCUGCCACAACCGGAGCAGCCUGAUGUCCUCGGCCUUCAAGUGGAGGGAGAGGACGGGGGAGGAGACGGGGGAGGAGACGGGGGAGGAGACGAGGGAGGAGACGGACUACGGCGAGAAGCGGGUGUUUGUCAUGCAUUAA